CCUGCUAAAGAGAUGUGCUCUGCAUGCCUGAAUCCAGUUUAUCCAGUGGAGAAAAUGGUGGCAGAUAAACUAGUCCUACAUACUAACUGUUUCUGCUGCAAACACUGUAAUAAAAAGCUAAGCCUUCACAAUUACUCUGCUCUUUAUGGAGAGUUCUACUGCCCAUCACAUUACUAUCAGUUAUUUAAGAAAAAGGGCAACUAUGAUGAGGGUUUUGGCCAUAGACAACACAAAGACCGCUGGCUUGUUAAAACAGAGGAAUCUGAACCUACUGAAAAGAUAAGCUCAGCACGUAAAACAGAGCCUGCAUGUGUUGAUGUAACUGUAGAUGACCCCGGAAGACCAACAUCUCGACUGCAAAGACACAAAGAUGAUCAAUUUAAAAGUCCUGACAACACAACCAAGCUGAAAAUUAGCUGGCCACCAGAAAACAAGAAGACCAGACAUAGUCCUGUAUCACAAAAUACUUCCUCAGCCUCAAGAAGUACAACAGACUGGUCAAAUCACAGCCAUUCUUCUGCAAGAAGCUCCAGAAAUGCUCUUGAGAAGAAAAGGUCUAAUUCUAGGCUGGAUGAAAUUGACAAACCAGUUCAGCUGUCACCUCGGGUUUAUGAGAAGACAAACACACACGACUCUCCCUUCACAAUAAAAGGUGGGUUUAAAACACCACAUUCAGAGGAUGUCUUUACAUCUCAUCCAAGAGGUUCAAAACCAUUACAGAAGACUGCAGAUAGAGCUGGAACGCAAAGCAGAGUUUCGAAAGGUGGGAAAGUCACAAGCAAAGACUUAAGUUCUGUUACCUCAAGACCAGAUUCUGUGAGAGAAAACACAUUGGCUGAAGAUGGGAAAGCCGAUAGCCCAACAAAAAGAAAGAAGUCUGUCCGGUUUUCUUCUAAUUUAAGUAUAGAUGAGGAAAAUAACACCGAGAUCAGCAGAGAAGAAGUUGAAAGCUCUACUGAUGCUUUUGUUGAACUCCCAGCUGUCAGUGCUGUAGUAACAGCAAAGAAAGAUAUGACAACUUUUGAAGCAGAAAUAGAGGAAUCACCCGAGGAAUGUUUAGUUGACACAACGCACAAUCCAUACGGCCAUAAUUAUGUCGAACAUCCCAAAGCUUUAGAUGGACAAAUGGAAGAUCCUUUCUUUCCGACUACAGGAAUACAGGAAAGUGAAUCAAGAGCAGAUGAGGCAAAUAUGAGUGAGACAGAUACAAUCACAAAUCUUGAUGAACUGCAGGUAAAUGACAUGACAGCAUGUGGUAAAGAAACAUUUAAACCAGGCAGUGAAUCAUUUGAUUUGGAGCAGAUUUCAGAGAUGAAGAAAGAAGUGGUCAUUGAGAGUAACCCUAAGGCUGUAACCUCCAAAAAUCAAGAAUCUAAAGACCCUGACAUGUUGGAUAUGCCUCCAAAAUCUGAUAAUAAAAGCAACACAAAGGUUGCUAACAAAAAAGCCAUGGAAAAAGGGAAUAAAGGGUCUUGGUCUAAAGGUAAAAGCCCUCUUACCAAACUCUUCACAUCUGGUCCAAGUAGCAAAGAGAUAAAAAGUGAGACAAAAACGGAAAGCAAGAAACCCAAUGCCAAACCUAGAAAUUUACUGGGAAGACUCUUUUCGUCUUCUGAAAUCGAUUUAGAAACAAAGAAAACACCAGAAAUCAAAACAGAAACUACAUCUGAAAAGGAGCCAGAGAAACCCAGAGGGACAGAAGAUGACACUGCACUGAUUCAAGAAAAUGUUUCUCUAUCUUCUCCUUUGACUGAGCCAACCUUUCAAAAUACACAUCAAGAGUCUAUAAAACCAACACAAGGCCAACUAAGUGAUACUCCAGAAGAAAUUAAUUCAACCCAGGACCUUGAAAAUCCCAUCCUGUUGCCUGGAAGCUCUGCUGAUGAGACUGUACCAUCAAUAGACCUUGAGUUAGUCGAACAACACAAGCCUGCUUCUGAUGUUUUUGGGGAGAUUGAUAAAAAUGAGGCACUCAUUCCCUCACAAGAACACAUUAAUGUAGAUCUCAUCUCUCCUGACUCUUCAAAACCAUCAGGUCUAGAGGAGAGCCUCAACUCGUUUUUGCCUCAGAAUGAAGAUAUCACUGGUUUCCUUGAUUCAUCUGACACAUUUACAUCUCAAGUUAUGAACCCUAACACCAAUGUCAUGGCUUUUUCAGAAUCAAAUACACAAAGUGGCACAUUGACUGACAUCAUGGAUUUGGAAACGCCAUCAAUGGAAACUCCAUCGGUAGAUAUAGGGAGCUCCUUUAUUCAAGAAGACCCAUUUGGAGAAAAAGCUCAGGGAGAAAGUGGAGAUACGAUAUUAAGCCCUUCUAUGGAUUUCAAUCAAACGACUCUUGAUAUUUUUGGUUCAUCAGAGUCAAACAUUGGUUUUGGAAACACCCUAACUGAAGCCAAUAAAAAUGAAGCCAGUGUUUCCUUAGAAGUGACUGAUGAUCCCUUUGGCAUGAACAAUGCACCAGUCCAAACAAUGGAUAUCUUUGGAGGUGACAAUACACUGAGUGCCUUUGAUCAAUCGUCCACUAAUAAUUUCUUUGAUAUUAUGACAAACAGUGAGACUCAAAGUCAAAACCCUUUUGAGGGAUUUACAGAUAGUACCAAACUGGCACCAAACGGAGUUUUUGACUUCAUAAGUUCUGAAGGUGACCCAUCAACACUAUCAGUUACUUCAAAUGUGUUUGAACAGAAAAGCUCUGACCUUGAACAGGCAAAUCUAUUUCAGAGUGAGGUUAAUAAUGUUCUUGAUAGUAAAGGCAAUCAAUCAACCUCUAACGUGCCUAUUCAAAACCUCCCUGGCCAAGAGCUAAUUGAGUCAUCCCAAAUGGAAGCUUUUGAUUUCUUCAGCUCUGAGAAUGAUGCAUCUACAGCUCCUUUCAGUCACACAAGUGCUGAUCCUUUUCAAAAUGACAUCUUUGCAAGUGCUAUUGACAGCACAGAUACAAAUACAUUCAGUGUGGAAACAACGCAAAGAACUACAAACCCAUUUGAUGAUUUCAUUGGGCUAGAGAAUAACAGGGAAUCUGCAGAGACAAAAGCAAGCAAUUUAUUUCCAGAUGACAUAUUCUCAUCCAUUCCAGCACAGGACAUGUCCACCAUGCAAGAUCCAACAAACGCUGACACAAAUGCUGUGCCACCACAGAAGUCUGAAAAUGACUGGAUGUCUGACUUUUUGGGGUAGUCUCGUUGCCAUUGUUCAUAACACAGAAAAACUUUCAGAUCUUACAAUUAAAUAAGCAGGUAUAUUGAUUUGCCUUUGGAGUACUAUUCUGUAUAAUGCACAAAUUUUAUUACUGAUAUUUGAUUGAUUAAUUAAUCAAUGUAUAUAAGUUAAAAUACCCGGAUAUAAUCUGGAGUUACUUUUUUAGAUCUGAAUAAUUAAUUGGUGUAUACUAACACAAUACAACUAAUGUAGUGUUACUAUUUGACAAUUACUUAAUUACUUAAUUACUUGGUUAAAUCAGACUAGACUUUUUUACUUUUACUGUAUUAAUCAUUGAUAUUUUUUAUGACUGAUAAUUCUGUGACAUAGAGGAAGAAUAAAACUGAUUUAUUUAGCAAAGUUUACUUCAAUAAUCCAUAUAAUCUUUGUAUAAUCCACAAAAAUGUGUGCAAGAAAAGUAAAUAACUUCCAUGUUAAUAUUGAUCAUGAACCAAUGUAAUGACCAUGUUCAGCCAAGAAAAAAAAACUGGGUCAUAACAAAUAAAACAAUAAUUCAAAUGA